AUGUUACUUGAGCUUCUGCAAGGAAGUGAUUCGGGAGGAAUCCUACUUAUAAAAGACAGGGCCCAUUGUUCUGGGAGAAAUCUACUGAAAAGUUUUAUCAAAGCUGCAUUGCACAAGGAGGAAGAGGUCCACGUACUUCUGUUUGAAGUUAGCGACCAAGAGCUGAAAUCUGGAUUAAAAGAUAUUACACUUCAAAGGUUACACAUCCAUAAUAUGCAUAUUUGUACUACCUAUGUUUGUACUACACUUCAUCAACUAAAUAAAGGAGGAACGGUUAAAACCAUUAUGGGUUUACUCCAUGUUGAUAUGCAUCAGAAAGGUACUGUAGGAAGUGUGUGUCAUCUUGCCACUUCACUCAUCUCUUUAGCACCUGGCAACAGGAGUGACAGUUGUGUUGCAAAGAUAACAAAACGUACAAAAUCUGGUAAAGUCCUGCAGGAAGAACAGCCAUUUUGCAUCAAUGAAGAUUUAUCAAUAAUAGUUCUUAACAAAUCCUCAAAUAUGGAACAAACUGUGCAGGAAGAACAUCAGAUUGACCCAACUGUAAAUUUGACAUUCAACCUACGUUUAUCUGACAAAGAGCGUGAAGCAAAAGAGAAACUUUUACUACCCUAUAUGUUCAGCAAGGACAAAAAAACGGCUCUUCUUUACUCUGGUUCUGGUUCUGGACGAAUCUUGUAUGAGCCUGAUGCUAAUGAUGACUAUGACCAGGAAGACCCAGAUGAUGAUCUGGAUUUUUAA